CAAGUUUGGAGCUGCGAGCUGCCAGCCCUGGCCCAUCAUGUAGGUGCAGCAGAGCCUUCCCCAGCACUGCAAGCAGGGGGGGAGGAAACCCCCCGCGCUGCAAGCUGCCCUGCAAAGUGUGCAAUUGCACGGCCCCCCGCUGCAAGGAGAGCUGCUGCAGCGAGUCAGGAAAACUCCAGUUGCAUGAAGAUUGAGCGCUUGCAGUUUGCAUCUUUGUUGCAAAACUAGCUCCAGAAGAGAGGCAAGGCAAAGUCUUUUGUGCUCCCCUCCCCCAUCAAAGCAAAGGGGAAAAUGUCUCAGUCGAGAGGCAAGAAGAGAAACCCUGGGCUGAAAAUUCCUAAAGAAGCAUUUGAGCAACCACAGACGAGCUCCACGCCACCCAGGGAUCUAGACUCUAAAGCCUGCAUCUCUAUUGGCGAGGAGAACUUUGAGGUGAAAGCUGAUGACCUGGAGCCCAUCUCUGAGCUGGGACGAGGUGCAUACGGGGUGGUGGAGAAGAUGCGGCACAUGCCUAGCGGGCAGAUCAUGGCAGUGAAGCGCAUCCGAGCCACGGUGAACAGCCAAGAGCAGAAGAGGUUAUUGAUGGAUCUGGAUAUCUCCAUGAGGACAGUAGAUUGCCCCUUCACCGUCACUUUCUAUGGAGCACUUUUCCGAGAGGGAGACGUGUGGAUUUGCAUGGAGCUGAUGGAUACCUCACUGGACAAAUUUUACAAGCACGUCAUUGACAAAGGCCUGACGAUUCCUGAGGACAUCCUAGGGAAAAUAGCCGUCUCUAUUGUAAAAGCACUAGAACAUCUACACAGUAAGCUCUCCGUGAUCCACAGAGAUGUAAAGCCCUCUAACGUGUUGAUCAAUACGCAGGGGCAGGUGAAAAUGUGCGAUUUUGGGAUUAGCGGUUACCUCGUUGACUCUGUUGCUAAAACCAUGGAUGCAGGAUGCAAACCCUACAUGGCUCCUGAAAGAAUUAACCCGGAGUUGAACCAGAAGGGGUACAGCGUCAAAUCUGAUAUCUGGAGCCUGGGGAUCACGAUGAUCGAGCUGGCCAUCCUGCGCUUUCCCUAUGACUCCUGGGGGACGCCCUUCCAGCAGCUCAAGCAGGUGGUGGAGGAGCCGUCGCCGCAGCUCCCAGCGGACAAGUUCUCAGCAGAAUUCGUCGAUUUUACCUCGCAAUGCUUGAAGAAGAAUUCCAAAGAGCGGCCAACAUACCCAGAGCUUAUGCAACAUCCUUUCUUCACCCUGCACGAAUCCAAAGAGACAGACGUCGCCUCUUUUGUCAAACUCAUCCUGGGAGACUGAGAACUGGACUUUGUAUGAAUUGCCCUUCUGUGGACUGGUGGGUGCAGGGGAGGGGCGCGUGGCAGGACUUGUCAUGGAAGCACCAACAGAAAGUCGCCGUGUUUUGUUUUGUUUUGUUUUUAUUCUGAGAAACCCCCCACCUCGCCGAAGUUUUUAAAAGGGUUCUUUGGUAUCCAUAGUGACAUAGAACGAGCUGGUUAGUGAAAUGAAUUUUAAUAAGGUUGGUAACCUUGAAACAAAAGCAAAACAACGACAACAACAAAAAAUUAAGAGUGAUUUACAUAUUUAAUGACAGUCAAAACCCCUCUUCCUAACGUUUUCCUACUUCCCUUUCCCUUCCUCCCGAACCGGAAUUUGCUUUGUCAUGGUAAUAGGUGCUAUGGUAGUCAUGAAGUUGUAUGUAGAUUUAUAUUUUGUCCCUUCCAUUAUUUUAAUAUUUAUGUUAAGUGCUUGAUGGAAUAGAUUUCUGUUUUAUAUGAGGAUGAAUGUGUGGUGAUGAUGAUGAUGCUAAAUGAGGCCACAGCAAGCAAUAGUCCUAGGGCUUUGCUGGGGAAAAAGAUGCCAGAGGAAAAGAGGAAGAAGAGAAGUGUCUGUGUUGUGGAUAAUAUUUAAUGUGCAUCCUAUAAAGAAUUUAUAGACAAGGAUCUCAGUUCAGCUCUUCGAGCUGCCUUCAUAGGGUGCGAAGCAGCAUUGCUGUGCUGGAGGGAACCCCGGCAUUCCGUGAGGUCACCUCACCUCCAGAGACCAUGCUCUGAGCCCAGGCAGCCCGAUGCCCACGGUGCUCUGCCAGCCUCUGCACAGGGAAAGCCCAUGCCCGAUGUCCUGCCCUUACCCUGCAGGACUGGGCAGGUGAUGAGGUCCAGGGUGGGAAGAUACUGUUGGGUGAGUUUCUGGGAUAGGAGUCCCAGAGGGAAACGACUUGUCCAGAACGUUGCACAAAAACCAGGAGGAGCCUGGUCCCCACCUGCCCUCAAGCCCAGCAGCGUUGCAGUGUCUGGGGCUCACCUGGGCUGGGGAUGUGCUGCUUUGGGCACAAAAGGGCACUCCUCUCACCUCUUCCAGGUAAGAAAGGCAAACAAUCACAGCGGGAGGUCUGAAAAAGUAGGGAUAGCUCAGCACAGGUUUCCAGGGUUUUCAGCACUGCCUAAGCAGCAAUCUCCCUGUGUUUGCGUGCAGACUUCAGGAGUGCUGCCCUGGAGCCUGUGCUGGCACGUGAUUUGGGCCAUGUCCACCUCUGGUUGUGAUACUGGAGGCAGCCGGGAGUGCCGGGCUCCAACAUGGGCUGCAGGUGUCCCCCCAUCAGGUCAGCAGCUGGGAAAACCAUGCAGGGAAACCACAGCCCACCUGUCCCAGGAGCUUGUUGCUGUUGGCCCGAGUCUGCAGAGAAAAGCUGCUAGCCAAGGGCUGGAGUGUGAAGGCUGUCUGGGUGGGAGGGGGAAUAUGGUGACCCACUCUGCUUUUAGGUAACAGGGUUUCUUUCCAGUGAAGGGGGGCCGAGCACUGCGAGGCAUUACUGUGUCUGGAGCAAGGCCACUGGCAGGUGCUGGUUUGACUGAGCCAGACCCGCACAGCUACAUUACCAGGCUAUGAAUCCUUUGCCUUUGCCCGUGGCUCCUUCCCCCAGCCCUGCAGGGUGCAUGAGUGUAUGGCUGCACUGCAGACUGUGUGUGUGCCUCAUGCCCCUCUGCAUGCUUCCCUUCCCCACCCAUCACUUCUGCACAAGUUCUCAGAGCCAAAUCCCAACUGGAAGCGCGCCAUGCCCUGCAAGGUGGUUGUGCAGGAUGUUAUAUACAGCCCUUUCUCUCCUAGCUUAGUGGCAUCAGUCUCCAUUGGUGUAGGUUGGAUUUCAGGAUUAUCCUGAGCACCCGUCUGGGAAGUGAUUUCUUGAGAAGGGCAGUAUUUAGAGCAGGGAACCCUGAGUGGCAGGGUAGUACCACUGGUGCUGGGGGCACGCAACUCUUUGAGAGGUGCACAUAGACACCAGUGCCUGGGCUGCUGCUGCCAGCAUAAUAACUGUGGCUGGCAGUGCCUGCUGAGGUGGUUGCAAACCCUACAACAGUGCUGCUCUGCCUUGGGACCUUAUCAUAGAAUAUCCUGAUUUGGAAGAGACCCAUAAGGGUCAAGUCCAGCUCCGUAUCGAAGGAGAUUCAUCGAUCCUUGUGCUCCUCCACUGCAGGCAGGGUGCAGGUGACUCCUUACUGCAAAGGGCUCAUGGGUCAUGCAGGCUUUGGGGAGGAGGUUCCUCUUCCUCAGGCCCUGCUUCACGAGCCUGCUGGCCCCCAGUAACAAUAAUCUCCAUAUUUCACUUUGCGUCGAGGAGAACCUUUCAGGUCACACUGUGUUGUGGGUGAAACACAAGGAUGUUUUACUUCACUCUGUAAUUUUAAAAGGCCUCGCAUGGCUCAUAAUCUGCCCUCUCAUAUUCCGUGGUGUGUGUGUGUGUUUUCUCUCUCUCACUUUCUCAGAGUCACAGAGCUGUUUUGAUUGAUUGUCCUCAGCUGCAGCUGAAAGUCCGGCCAGCCAGUUUAUGGAGUUGGUUCCAGCAUCAAUUCUCGCUUUGAAAAACAUGACAUUUAAAACCACCCUUUGGUUUUCCUACAUAUGGAUCUGAUGCUUUUGUUAAAGAUUGUUUUUGCUACUUUUCUCCUGGAAUAUAAGUCUCAUUUGGACACCGCAUCCUCUUGACCUCACAGCACCUUUAUUUCAGUGCCAUUAUAAUUGACAGGUUGAAUUUAUGAGAUACUGUCAAAGUUCAGUAUUAAUAGCAGAUAUUAAUGUCACCAGCGUUUUCCAAUAGAAAAUUAAUGUCAGUGUUGUCUGCAGCUAGUAACCCUCUAAAAUGAUUCCUGCAUGCCUCAACACUACAUGCUGAGUACUUUCUUUUAUGCCUUUUGCUCUUGCAAUGCUUGGGCUGUAUGAUUCCUUUGUUUUAAUGACAUUACAAUAGAGCAUGCAACAAAUCACUUCACUUCCUCCUGAUUCUCCAUGACUUUGUUCCUUUAAAAGUCAUUUACGUCAGCCCAGAGUAAGUGUGAAUCUGUAUGGCCAGUGUGAGUAAAACCAGUGAUCUGCAUUGGUUGUCACUGAAAAGGUACUUGAAGGAGGAGAGGAAUGCAGAAGCUGUAUCUACAUCCCUCUUUGUGGACACCAGGCUUGGCCUGAUCGAGGGUAUUCUUAGAGAGAAGCCUGAGCUGGUGGCCUCAGAGCAAGGAGGAGAGCUAGAGUCUCCUCUGCAAGGUUGCAAAACAAAAAUCAGACUCUUUUCCAUUUGAUUGUAAACUCAGUAAAGAUGAAAGGGUUUUGUUCAGUACCCAGAAUCAUUUUUGGAUGUAACCUGAGUGCAGGUUUGGCUGGGAGAGGCACGAUUUGUGGGAUAUUUAGCCUUUCCCAGCAACCAUGCCCCAUGCCCUGGUGUUGAGGCUCGAAGCUGUUCUUCUAAAGGCUCCUUUGUCUUCAGACAGUGCAGAACUGUGGGCAGCACACAGGGUGUUAGAUUGUCUCGAGUCAGGAUAUUUAAAUUGCAGAAGCAGCAGGUCUCAUUCCACAAACCUGAAACAAACCAAAACACCCCAGGGAGUAAAGAGGAGUGAAAAGCUGCCCAGAGCUGAGCACUGAGCCAUGGCUUGGACCAGCAGUGUGAAUUAAUUCCAGCACAGUGAGACAUUUGCAAGGCAGGGCCUCUCUGCUGCUCUCUUUUCAGCCACAGCAGUGGUGAUCUGGCUGUGUGAGACAUGCAUAGCCCAUCCUCAUGGCAGGAAGAGGGAGACCACAGGGGCAUGAUGUUCAUCAUCUAUUUUCUCCAAUGUGCCAAAUUCCUUACAACUCCUGACGUUCUUGCGACCUCCUCCAUGCUUGAGGCUUUGCCAUUUCUAGGGGUCUUGAACUGUGGCUGGCAGAAAGGCUUCUUUCUGGGUCUCCAAAAGCCCACUGUCCCUUAAACUUGAUGGGGAACUUGGAGAGCAUUUGCUGGUUACCGUUUUUAAGGGCCACCCUGCUGUGGUGGGUGGAACGUCCAUCUUCUCUGGGGGUUUUCCAGAAGUUCACACAGAUAGCUUCAUAUUGUAUGCCUGCAUUUUUCCCUGACUUCUGUUGAUUUUAGUGGCAAGGAAGGAGGUUGGAGAGGCAGGACUGCUGUUUCUGGAGGCUCUAGGUGGGUAACUACUUAGAAAUAGCACUUAAAAUAACUGAGUGCAGUUAAGCUCGCUGUUCUUUGACUUGGGAAGGAGGUGGUUGUGUGCUGUUGGGGCAGUGUUGGGUGCAUUUUGACUUGGUGGGAAGGGACUCCGGGGCCCUCACCCAUGCGACGUUGCAGUGCCUAGUUCCAAGGACAGAGAUACCCACACACACAGCAUUAGCCAGGAUUUCUCCAUGUUUGCAGAAGCAGAAUAUGUACCUGAACAUUUCCCUCCUUUCCUAGACGUUUUGGAAGAGGAAAUCCCACUCGGCUAAUGCAGCAUUGCUUUAGUGGCUGGUCUGGUGUAGUUCAGACAAGGUUCCCACCAGCUCCCUUGUUUAAUAGGCCUCUUCUUUAUUAAAAACAAAACCCAAACUCCUCUCUCAGAAAAGCCAGCCAAGAUGCUCUUUUUUUUUUUCCCCCUCUCUUCCAUCUUGUUCCUCUUAGAGGAACUCUGGGAGCCAGUCUUGGUGCUUUCACUCUUUCACAUGCCAAAGAUUGCUACAUCCCUCUUAGUUAUGCUCCUGCCAAACCAGAUCUUAUAGUCUUGCCUCAAGAAUCAUCCACUUCCCUGCUCCUUGGGGUUCCUUUUGUUGCUGUUGCUUUUUCAUUGAAUUUCCUCAUGUUUAUUGACAUGUCUAUUGUUGAGCUUCCUGGACACAUGCAGCUCUCUUUUUCAGAUACAGAGAAAGACAAAUAGUUGCCUUCGCUGGUCAGCCCCUGCUGUUGGGGAAAUACUGCUAGUGAUACGAUUCUUGCAGGUGGGGAUGGCUCUCAUUUAAAGCUAGGGUCACGGAGGGUGUAAACUGGCAUUGCUCCAUUGGCUUUGCUGGAAUAAGGCCAGUUUUGUCCAGCUGAGAAUCUGUCCUUAAUGUCUAAACAGUUAUUACAUACUAAUAAAGAUUAAUGAUUGUAAAUCCCCAUGGAUUAUACAUAAAAUGGCAAGUUUCACUCAUUAAUCUUUAUUGCCAUAUUAUAGCUGUUUAUGUUAGAGGAGUUAUCUCUCUCUGUUCUGAGCAUGCACUUAGGAGAAAGGGGCUGAGUGUGGGGGAGAUGGUGGGUGGACAUAACAGACCAGAUGUCCGUGUGUUUUAUAGUCUGUGUCCUCUCCCCCAAGUUACUUAUUUCCUUGAAAGCCUUUAACCAGCAGCAAAGGAUGUAUCACAGAGCUUUGUCUGCUUCUCUGGCCUCUGGCUGAGCUAUAAAAUCCAGAUUGUUUCUGGUGAGAAGGGAUCAGAUCUCCUAAUUAAUAUUUCAGCUCAGCCUUUACUGGAGCAGAUGGAUAAUAUGAAAUUUGACGAGUGCUCUGGCAGGCCUGAGCUCUGCAGUGCACUGAGAUUCACUCUCCUGGACUGUGGCUGGAAGAGAUACUUUCUGCGCACUAUGAAGCAGUGUUUCAGGCUGAAAGGAUGCAGCUCCUUCACGGAACCCUGCGCUAUAAAAGCAGUUGAUUUUGUUACUAAGAAGGGCCAGAAAAAGCUUACUUGAAUCUCAUCUUUUGUGUUUGGAGACAAGCAUAGAUUCAGCUUGUUGGUGAUGCCAGUGGUCCGCACUGUAUAAAUUGAAGGGACUGCAAAAAACUGCAAGGGUGGUUUUAUGGCAUAGGGACAAACUAAGUGCUUUGUUGAGCAGCUGUUGUUUGUCUUCUCUGCCAAGGAAGAGCUGAAGUUGAGUGAGCAGAGCUCAGCAGACAGAGAGCAAUGGAUUUAGGUGAUGCAUUUUGUCUCGUAUCCUAGAUGCCACUGUGUCCCCACUGCCUGCAAAAGAAACAAAAUUUAAAACCCUAAAGAAAACCAGGGAAGAACUGCAAGUGAGCUGGUAGUGGUGCCUGUGUGGCCUUGUGCAUUGCUGCUUCCCCCGUUGAGCUUGUCAACGAGUUUCAUUGGGCAUGAAUGAUGGGAAAGGCUUGGGAACUGCCUCGGUAGCUGAGAAAGAAGAGGGUAAAUAUUUUAAGGAGUAAAUUCCCAUCUUUUAGUUAGUUACGUUUAUAACUGCCACAGGAACAAAGGAAUCCUGCAGGACCUGUGCUGCAGGCAGUGUUGUUCCACUAGGAAUGAUUGUGGCUGUGACACGUGUUGCAUGGCCUGCUUUAGUGCACUGCUGGAUGGCUGGCCAGCUCGUAGCCUCCAUUGACCUCUUCCCUACAGUCACAGUUACAUUUUGCAUUUUACUGUCUGGGAUUUUACUAGCAGCUUUUUUUCUAGGUGGUCAGGCAGAGAGAAGGCAAAAGAAAGGGGCCUUUGGGAGAAGAAGGCAGUGCCUAUAUGCUAUCCACCGCCCGCCCGCAGGUAUCCAGCCAAGGUGAGAGCUUCCCCGAGCCGUUGGAAUACUCCCUGACAUCUGUUCUUACUUCUUCUCCAUCUCAGGAAAAAUCCCUGCUGGAAGCAAAGCAGCCCCAUGGCUCGCCCUUGCCGGCAGCCAGCCUGCGGGCCGGGCUGCGUUUCCUUCCUCGAAAGGCUCUUGGGUUUCUCUAAACGAUGGGGCACCACUCCAGCGGCUGCGAGGUACCGCGAGGAUAAGCUGGGAAAUGCUUGGAAGUGUCUUAAAACGCGCUGGAAAUAGAGAUGGAAAUCUCGAAAGAUCAGACGGCUUUCGGCAAUUUCCAAAGCUGUGUGGUUUUAGCCAGACCUGAAAACCCUUCCUAGAAGUUUAUUUCGGGGUAUUUUGGUAUGUUACUUUCACUUUUGGGCCCAGCUAAAUCCAGGAAGCUCAGAAUAGUGUAAUUUUAAAAUAGAGAAUAAACACACCCACCCCGAGUAUUGCUGAACAGAUCAGGAAAAUUCGUGUUUGGUUUCUCACAAAGGAAGAAUUCAGGCCAGCCCAGGGUUUAUCCUAAUUCAGUCUGGGUUUGCCCGAAAUUAUUACUCUUUUUGAGAAAAUAAGAGAUCCAUUCUGCGGUCUUUCCAUAAUGCCAUGACCAGCAUGCAAGGGUCCGAAUCAGAAGAUGCCAGCAGGAGGCUAGAGACAAGUGCAGUGGGGAGAGGCAGCCAGCACUGAGCAGGAAGGAGCAGGAUGGCCUCAAGUACAUGCCUGGCCUCUAAAAACACAGCUAGAAGCAGAUCCUCUAUAGUUAUGUGUGGUGGAGGCAUUGGGGUCUGCCAUGUUGCCAUUUUUUUUCUUGUCUGUUCCUUCUUAGAAAGACCUUACGGCCAUCUCAGAGUGUCCAGAAACAAUAUCUGAGUCUGUGGUAUCUCUCAGCUCAACUGUGUGCUUCUUUUCAGGAAGGGUACUGGGAAGAGUGGGAAGGGACAUGGUGUCUUCCAGUUAGACAGCCAGAGUGAAGAGGUGUAUAUCAAGUGCCUUGCAAGAGCCAAAAAGGUUUGUUUAAAGAAGAAUUACAGCCUGUGGUGUAGGCUGUCAGGAUUGAAUUUAUCGUAUACAGGUGCAGCUGCAGAAUUCUCCAUCCACAUUUUGCCCGCAUUUAGUUGUGAGCCUUCCAUAAAUACAGGAUGAAUCACAGAAUGGCUUAGGUUGGAAAGGGCCUUAAAGAUCACCUAGUUCCGACCCCUGCUGUGGACAGGUUUGUCACCCACCACAUCAGGCUGCCCAGGAUCUCAUACAAUGGCCUUAGGCAGCUCCCAGGAAAAUAUCUAACAAUAGCCCAUGCUUGGUGGGCUUAAGUCAAGGUGGGGCUCUACAGACAGAAAAAAAGCCAUAGCAUCACCAGACCCAGAGUCUUGGCUCCAAACGUUUCCAUAUAAUGGGUGUGUUGUGAAUUUCCAAAGUCUACCACCAUUUUGCUUCCUCUGCAGCCAUGAGUUGAGCAGCUUGUGUUUGGUGUUGGCUGUCACUGUGCCACUGGGGCUGCUGGAAAUGAUCACCACAUCCACAACUGUUGGAAUUUGGCAUUUAUUUGUUAAUAGCAAUACACUGGGGGGAAGCUGUUAAAUGUAGUGUCUCGCAAACUGAGGAUAUGUUGGAGUAAAACUUGUCAUUUCUCUGUCUAAAAGUGUCCAAAGUCUUCAAUUUAUGGAACGAUGGUUUUAAUGGCAAGGAUCCAUGUUUGGCAUCAAAAUUUAUGAAAUUUGUAGAGUUUCUGUCUCAACUUGUGAAAUCUACUGUCUUGAGAUGGUGGGGAAUUUGUAAUGAAGAUAUUUCUAUGUUUCUAUGUUAUUUUAAGCUAAAAAGUUUAAGGAGAACUGAGCUGAAUGGAAAAGUAACCGCUUCCCAGUGGUGUGCUGGUGUUGAAGAGGACACAGGCAAAGUGGCAAGUUGGAAGCCUACUCUUUUUUAAUGUGUUCAAUGUUUGUAUCAGUUCAGAUUUUCUUUCAGUGACUUGGUUUGCUCUGGAAUUAGAGAUGAAGUAAUCUUUUUUUUUUUUAAAAAAAACAUUUUUUUCACCUCUUCAAGCAUCUUGGAGUCUUCUGAAUAAAUCUGCUCAUCGUUGUUUGGUUUUAAUAGGAGAAGCACCAGUUGGGUUGUAAUGGUUCCUUCCAGAGGGGAUUGAGUAGCACCAGAGAUCGUCUUAGCUGCUAAAAUGCUUGAUGCUCCAAGCCUGAGUGCAUUGGAUUUCUGAGAAAAUUCGCCACCUGAAAAAUACAAUCUGGUUUGAGAUGAGCUGGGUUAGUCCAGGCCUUCCUGUCAGGUUCUUCUGUAUCAGGAGCCUGGAGUUCCCCAUCAGCCCUCAGGUCAGGGAUGCUCGGGGCUGUCAGGAAUGAACUAGAAGUGCUGAGGUGUGGAGCACUGAUAAGCAGCAUAGAGGUGCAAUCCCAAACAUGAGACCUGUGGGAGACAGGCAGGGGUCUCCCAGACAUGCUCUUCUUGUUCUUUUCAUUCCCUUCCUCCUCUUUGCAAAUGUAUCUUGCUGCUCUGCUGCUUCCAAAGCCGCCCAGGCCGUGCUGAUAAAGAACUCUGUGAUGCAUCUGUUUUCCAACAGCUUGCGUUGGUUUUCUGGUUUGUUUUUUCUUCCCCCUAUGCAUAAGAAGUGUUGGGUAGCAGAAUGUGGAUUUCAUUAGAAGUUCAUAAAGCAGGGACCUCAGAAGGAUGUGGGUAUAAAUGCUUUUCAGGCAUCUGAGGUGAACUUUAAAUGGAGCUUUGGCCCUCAUUUGCUUUCUGCUUUUCAAAUACCAUUUAUGAGAAAGCGGAGCUGUCAAAGCCAUGCAUGAACUUUGCCUUCUUGUGAAUAACUUGUCUCCAAUUGUCAGAAUGCAAAAGAAACUUGUCUUGAAGUAAAUUCGGUAGCUCCACAAAGCUAUGAGUGUGUAUGCAUUUAUGUGCAGCUUGGUGGGUGCAGGGAGCCACUCUGCUAUUUCAGAGAUUUAAAAAACACAAUGCAAGUGUUUUCAAAAAGAGCAAUUAAAACAUUUUAUUUGUUGGCAAAAGUACAUCAAACCGCAUCUCCCAUCGUUCUUUUAAUUGCUUCGUGCUUGUUUGUGUUGCCUUCAUCUUUGCUUGCCUUUUUCCUCUGCAGCACAGCCCAGAGCCUCACACAGCCCCUCUGGCAGUAAAGGAGUGGGGAGGAAUGGGAAAUGGGGUGUUAGGGGAAGGGCAGCACGGCACAGUGGGAGCCAUUGUCACUUUUUAGCUUGUUGAGGUAGCUCUGUCCUCAUCAGAAUCAAAACUUCCCAUAUCCUAACUUAAGACCCCAAAUCUUUGUGCAAGGAAAUGGAGGUUGGAAGCCCUGCCCUUCUCACCCUGGCUUGGGCAGUCCUGUGAACACUGCUGGUGGUUUAUUAACAGCAGCAUCACUGCUGGGGUCAGGCAAACACUGCAGCGUUUCGGUGGUCACCCACUGCCAACCCCUGAGACCUCAUGUCAGCGCAGUCUGAAACACUUCUCUUAACCUGUGAUGUCUUCAUUCAUCUCAAAGCCGCUCCUCGUCCUAUGGAGGUGAUAAAUAGUAGGAAACUGACAGUAGGACCAUGUGCGUAAUGCUAGAUAGGCUUUUAUUUAAUGUUGUUUUAACGAGAUGCAUUUAGGACCCGUGCUGUAUUGGAUUAAGGAUAUUGGUGGAACAGUUGAACUGGUAUUCCUUAACCUUUCCCUCUGCCCUCUUCAUUCAAAAGACAAAAUAGAUUGGGAGAAUGUAUUUAUCUUGAAAAAGAACCCACAACCCUGUUAGUAAAAUACAUUGAUCUUUACUACGCUUCAGUUUUAUUUCUCAGGAUAUCCAAAGGUUUAUCACUGCUGCUGAGAGAAGGGGACAGUACACCUUUUUGAAACUUCAACCACUGUAACCCAUUUUCCAGAUGUGUGUGUGCGUGUGUGUGUGUGUUCAACUCAGCACUGCGUGUGCGUGUGUUCUGCUGAUUAUUGUGUGCAUCUAUGAAAUGCUUCAAACAACUGCCUGGAAGUCAAAACCAACCACCUCUUUCCAGUCAUGUUUGCCGUGACUUUUCAUAACCACACUUGAACUAGUGGUCUUGGAUUAAAUAUUCAAAGAGCAGGGCAUCUUUAUAGCAAUGGUAUGUCAGUCAAAUUAAGAAAAAUGUACACAAAAAUAAAUAAAUUAAAUUUAAAAAUGA